GAUCAUGUGUUUCAGUUUUCUUUGACGUGAAGUUAACAGAGGUUAAAAAUUUCUUUACCGCGUGGAAAGAUGGCUGACGUAAAAAAGGAAAGCGAGGUUCCACCCAAGAAAUUGCCGGCAGUGCCGGAAUCGGUGCUGAAGAAAAGAAAACGCCGUGAGACAGUCAAAGCUGCACGUCUCCAAAUAUCAAUCAAGCAACGUGCGGAUCGCUACAAGAAGCGAAAACAAAUUUUCAAUAGAGCUGAAAAAUAUGUGAAGGAGUACAGAAGGAAGGAAAGAGAUGAAAUCAGAUUGAUUAGACAAGCAAAAAAUCGUGGAAAUUAUUAUAUUCCUGGCGAAGCGCGUCUAGCAUUUAUUAUCCGUAUUCGAGGUGUGAAUCAAGUUGCUCCAAAAGUACGGAAGGUAUUACAACUCUUCCGUCUAAAACAGAUCAACAAUGGUGUCUUUGUGAAAUUGAACAAAGCAACCAUUAAUAUGUUACGUAUUGUCGAACCUUACAUUACAUGGGGAUAUCCUAAUUUGAAAUCAGUUCGUGAAUUAAUCUACAAACGUGGAUUUGCUAAGAUAAAUAAACAACGUAUACCAAUAACUAGCAACUCCAUCAUUGAAAAGAAACUUGGUCGAUCUAAUAUCAUUUGUACUGAGGAUUUGAUUCAUGAAAUAUUCACCGUUGGCCCAAAGUUCAGAUAUGCAAGCAAUUUUCUGUGGCCCUUCAAGCUUAAUACACCAAAUGGUGGAUGGCGUAAGAAGACCAACCAUUAUGUAGAAGGUGGUGACUUUGGAAACCGAGAAGAUAAAAUUAAUGAACUUCUCAGACGUAUGGAAAGGCAAGCAUUAAUGAUGACAUGUCCUAUUUGUAAAUCCGUUAUGAUGCCUUCUUCCAUGGAAAUGCAUGAACGUUAUCAUAGACAAUUAGAAGAAGAUAAAGAUAAAGAAACAUUAGUUAUACUAACAGAGCGUAAAAAACGGAAAGCAGCAGAGAAAGCAGCACCAAAAAUAAUUGAGUCCAUGAAAGAGCAAGAUGCAUGCUCAGCAAAGAAAGCAAAACUUGAUUCUUCUAUACUUAACAAAAUACAAAUGCCAGAACUUAAAAAGAAAAUACCAGGGAUUUGGAAAAGUAUAUGGAAGAAAGAAAUAGCUUCCCAAGGUAUUGCAUCUUGUAGACAAGUAGGAUGUACUUAUACAUGCUCUUCUUACGAAAGCAUAUGCGAACAUUAUUCGCAAUGUAAUUUCACUCCACAAGAGAAUUUUAUAUGUAAACUUUGCAAGUUUUCUGCAGAUUCUAAAAAUAAAAUCAUAGAUCAUAUAACAAAAACUCAUUCAGACAAUGAGGAUUUAGACAAGGAUUUAGAAAAUUCUGAUUUUGAAAAAGAUGAAGAAGAUAAUUCGUCGGAAGAAGAUAUCGAAUAUGAUAAAAAGCAUAAACGUUCAUCAAAACAAACACAAAUGACUGCUGAUGGCACAAGAAUGUAUAAUAAAAUGGCUUUCUUAGACAAAGAAAUAGUACAACGUUCACAAUCAACUAAACCUUUCAUACCAACUUUACGUUGGACUCUAGAAUUUGAACUGAAGAAUUAUGAGCUUAUGUUAUUCGAAGACGAUAUGCCAAAUGCUUUUACGUUAUUGGAAAAUAAUAAUGCCGCAGAGUAUCUUCCAAAACUAACAAUUUCAAUGGCCAUCAAACAUGUGAAGGUCAAUUCAGCAAAAUUUGUAGAAAAUUCUAAUGAUGAAGAGUGGAAGCGUUUAAAUAGAUUUGAAAGCGAUAUUUAUGAAGGUGUACCGACAUUUUUUGUUGGUGGUCCUGUAUGGGCAUCAGCAUGGUUACCUAUUCCAUCACCAAUAUACAUCAAAAACCCGACACAAUAUAUUGCAAUUAGCACACAUCCUACUAUGAAAGACGAGUAUACUAUAGGAAAUAAAUAUUCUGGACCAAAUAUUAUACAAAUAUGGAACAUUGGAAGUUUAAAUCAUAACAUCGAUAGUACAAAUGAACCACCUGUUUUAGCCUAUGCAAUUGCACAUAAUAAUGGCACGAUUUGGUGCUUGGAAUGGUGUCCAUCGGGAUGCUAUCAGGAUGUUGAUCUCGGCAAUUAUAAAGCGGAAGAGAAUAAGCUUAGACGAAUGGGAUUACUUGCGGCUGCAUGCUCGGAUGGAUGCGUAAAUAUUUAUUCAUUACCAUUUGCCGAUGAACUUAAAUUUGAAAAAUCAGAAUGCAAUUCGUUGCCGAUUUACAAGACCGACCCAGUAAUAACACUAGUCGUGAAUCAAUUGUUAUACGAUAAUAACAAACAAGAUUGGCAAUGCACUAAGAUAUCAUGGACAAAGGAACAUGGACAUAAUAUCAUUGCAGCAGGUUUCACCAAUGGUUAUAUCGCAUUAUGGGAUCUCACAACCACCUCUCCUAUGUUACUCAAAGUUCGAAAGAAUACAAAAUUUAUAAAUGCAUUCAAACAUUUCUUUGCUCAUCACAACACAGUUACCAUGGUUGCAUUAGUUCCAUAUGGCAACAAUAGAUUUCUGGCUUCUGGCAGUACAGAUAAAUCGUAUAAAUUUUGGGAUUUGGAAGAAACAAGUGUACCACGACAUUGCACCAGAAAGGGUAUAAUACUGGACGGUGCAUGGAUGACGCACUGGCCAUGUUCGAUUUUGAGCUUUGACGAUGCACUUGGAUAUCAAUAUACACAUUCUUGUAUAAUACCAUUGAGAGAAUACGGAUAUAAAUACUGCCCGUUUUUACCAACUAAUUCACCGACUUACAGCAUCACUGUUUCUGAUUAUGGUAACAGUGUCGCACAUGGUACCUUAGCAGGAGAAGUAAUAACCAUCUUUCCUCAUCAAUUAUUACAUACAGAAAGAACAUUGGGUAAGAAGAGACAGUUAAAUUCUUUCAUAAAAACAGUAGAUUUCUUAGAAGAACGUCAAAACACAAGCAGCAAUAAAAAUAAAAAUGACAAAAAGAAGUCUAAGGAUUAUCAUUACAUGCCAGAAACUUAUGAUGAGUGUAAAGAUCGCUUUGGCAUCAUUUUUCAUGAUCAACUAACAAAACUGAAGGAAAUAAUCACUAGAGAUAGACGGCACUCUACUCUAUAUAAUAACAUGCUGACAUCCAUUCCUAUUGAACAAUAUCCAUUUACUUCUGCAAAUAAGGUGACUUGGAAUCCAAAUGCAUGGAGUUAUCUAUGGCUGAUGGUGGGUUAUCAAAAUGGUUUAAUGAGAUUAUUAAAUUUUACAUUUAUGUCCACACCUCGCGAAUUUGAUUCUUUACUAUCGUCGCAUGUGAAAUCCAUACUUGAUAAAAGAAAUACUUCUACUCAAUGACUAUAAAGUUGCUUUUGAUAGAAAGUGGACAAGUAUGAACAAAAUAUAGAAUUUUUUUUAUUACGCA